AUAAUGUCACAGAUGCCGGGUCCGCUACUUGGGGUCCAGCUUUAAUAUUAAACUGAAAUAUCUGAUGCUUGUCUCCUAACGGAUAUUUUUGGUAGCUCUCAUAUCUUUACGUGCGAGGACCGUGUAGUUCUUAGAUUAUUUAUAUAGUGUUAUUUAUAAGCGAGGUUGUACAUUUCGAGUGUCAAAGUACAAAAUAUUUUGCGGUGCGCCCCUGGAAGAAUGCGCCUUUUACUGGUGAUUUCUGUUGCAAUGUUAUGGGCUACAUGCUUUGCAGCGAAAAUCCGUCGAUUGCCUGAAGAUUGUUUUCCGCCCAACGAUUUGGAGGCUGAUAUCAAGAAUUGUACAGCACUAGAGGACCGGUGGUACUUAAGCGAGAACUCAGGUCGGUGUAAGCCCCGCAAACAUAGCAGUUGCAGUAAGAGCAAUUAUGGAUUCCGCACUGAAGCUGCCUGCAGGAGAAAAUGCGAAAAGAAAAUAGGCCAAAGUCCCCUAUGCAGUGACAAACCUUAUCAAGAACGCUGCAGGGCUUCUUUUACAAAGUUUUACUGGAUCGAGCAGCAGGGCUGCAAGAUGUACACAGGCUGCUACAGAAGGGGUUUCGCAACUUUGGAAGAUUGCAGGAAAAAAUGCGGGAACGGCCCCAAGCGUUUUAGACCUGGCUCGGAAAUCGGCCCUAAGCUUGGCGUCUAAAGAGGAAGAGUGCCGCAUGCAGUGACAGUCGACAGUAAUAAAUCGCAAUAUGUCGAUGUAAUUCUUCUUGAA